GUGUAAAAGAAAGACAGACAGAGACAACCGACAGACAGUGUGAGAGACAGACAGACAGAGACAACCGACAGACAGUGUGAGAGACAGACAGACAGUGUGAGAGACAGACAGACAGACAGUGUGAGAGACAGACAGACAGUGUCCCGGUCUCUCUCUCUCUCUCCUCAGCGGUGGGACUAACUCCUCGGUGUCCUCGGAUCAGAUCCGGAGCCUCGGACUCACACACACGGUGUUUAACAACCUCAGCAGAGACGCUCCCUCCCCUUCCUUCCAUCCUUACAUCCUUCCAUCCUUCCUUCCUUCCUUCCUAAACUGUGACUCCAACUCCAAGAGAUGUCCUCCCCGGCCACGCCCAUCCAGGGGUCAAGGCCGGUGACCCCUCCGCUGACCUCCGCAGGAUCUCCGCGCUCUCCAGUGUCUCCAAAGUCCCUGCACCCUCCAGGCUGCAGACACAGAGACCGCUCACCUUCCCCCAUGAGAGGCUACCUCAUCCCCAGCCCUCUGCCCACCCGCAGAAACAGGACCUGCUCAGCGACGGCUCGGGCAUCGGAGGGUCCAGUGUUUUCUGGAGUGUGUAAAUGUUUUUCCCGCUCAAAAGGCCACGGCUUCAUCACACCAUCGGACGGAGGCAACGACAUCUUUGUCCACAUCUCAGACAUCGAGGGCGAGUAUGUGCCGGUGGAAGGCGACGAGGUGAGCUACAAGGUCUGCUCCAUUCCCCCCAAGUACGAGAAGGUCCAGGCGGUGGAGGUGACCAUCACCCAUCUCAACCCGGGAAGCAAACACGAGACCUGGUCCGGACACAUCGUCAGCAGCUGAGCGCUGAGGGGGGGGGGGGGGGGGGAGACGGGGUCAACGAGGCCGGUGGGUGGGGAGGGAGACGUAGAACAACCUGAGAGGGAGAGGGUGCAGAUUGGGUGAGGAGAAGUGAAGCUGAGGGCGUUGGGGUCAGAGGGAUGUUAUAAGUGCGUCUUGUGUGAUGCUCAGAGACGACCGGGACAGACAGAGGACAUGACCAGUGUCCUGAGGUGACGGAUGGAGAUUUAAUUUGGGUUUGAGUUGACAUGUGUGAGGCUUUCUCUGUCCCUCCUGGGACCUGGGGACUCACACAGUGAGUGUAUGAACAGAUAAAUGAUCACAGAAAGAUUUCUGACGUUAUCGUAGGUUUCUUCUUUAGAGUUUUUAGCUCCUCCUCCUUCGUGUGUUGAGAUUUGAUGGCCGCUGUUUGAGGUUUUACUUAUUUUGACAAUUCGCUGCAAUGAAAAACACUUUCAGUUCGGCUUUAAAUAACCUGCAGUGGUCACAGCCACACUGAUGUGGCUCAGGUGUUGAAGAGGAGGUGGUUUUCCAGGUUUAACACAGCGGCGAGCGAGAGAGCGAGGAGGCGAAUAAAAGAUCUGCUUCCUGUGGCGAGGCCAAUCGCAGCAUGGAGUUCAACGUUGGUGAACUUUGACCCGUGUUACUCGCUUCAUGUGGCCGUGCCCUCGCUGCGUGUGCUUCUGUGUCUAUAAACCAACUUCUCUGUCUCUGACCUUCAUGUGGGGGGGGGGUUAAAGUGAUUAAAGCAUUUUCAACUGGUU